AUGCAGCAAGGAUUCCUAGCACAUCCCAGUUGCCAUAGCAACAGCAGUCUUUCCCAUAAUGAGCUGCAUCAUCUGAACUGAUGUCACAGCAUCAUGCAGCAGGUCAAACAAGGCAUCUCCUAGUAUUGCAUCCUACAGAUGUGCCAUAAACAUCAAAAGAAGACGGUGGGAGCAGGAGAUGUUGGUUAAUUCCCAUGAUUACUUUUCUCUCAGUAAGCAUACCAUUAACACUUAGUGCCCAGAAAUGAACAUAAUCUAUUACAACGUAAGCUGUUUUGGAAAGAAGUAAGAUUUAGAUUUCUCCAUGUUAACCAUGAGCGUGACACUUUCCCCCCUGAGGUCACAGGACCUGGAUCCUAUGGCUACUGAUGCUUCACCCAUGGCCAUCAACAUGACACCCACUGUGGAGCAGGGUGAGGGAGAAGAGGCAACAAAGGACCUAGAUUCUGAACAGCAGUAUGAAAAGCCACCUCCACUCCACACAGGGGCUGACUGGAAGAUUGUCCUCCAUUUACCUGAAAUUGAGACCUGGCUCCGGAUGACCUCAGAGAGGGUCCGGGACCUAACCUAUUCAGUCCAGCAGGACUCAGACAGCAAGCAUGUGGAUGUGCACCUAGUUCAACUAAAGGACAUUUGUGAAGAUAUUUCUGACCAUGUUGAGCAAAUCCAUGCCCUCCUUGAAACAGAGUUCUCCCUAAAGCUGCUGUCUUACUCUGUCAAUGUGAUUGUGGACAUCCACGCAGUGCAGCUCCUUUGGCAUCAGCUCCGAGUCUCCGUGCUGGUUCUGAGAGAGCGCAUUCUGCAAGGACUGCAGGAUGCCAAUGGCAACUACACCAGGCAGACAGACAUCCUGCAGGCUUUCUCUGAAGAGACAAAGGAGGGCCGACUUGAUUCUCUAACGGAAGUGGAUGACUCAGGACAGUUAACUAUCAAAUGUUCUCAGAAUUACUUGUCUCUGGAUUGUGGUAUUACUGCAUUUGAGCUAUCUGACUACAGUCCAAGUGAGGAUUUGCUCAGUGGCCUGGGUGACAUGACCUCUAGCCAGGUCAAAACCAAACCUUUUGACUCUUGGAGCUAUAGUGAGAUGGAAAAGGAAUUCCCUGAGCUUAUCCGAAGUGUUGGGUUACUCACGGUGGCUGCUGACCCUGUCCCUUCCAGCUGCAGUGAAGCAGUCAGUGAGGAGAUGUCUCAGGUAUCUCUCUCAGCAGAGGACAAAGGUGGACGGGAGGAAAACAGCGCUUGUGCAAUCGAAGAGCAACCAGGCUUAACAUCGGGUAUGCCAUCUUCAGGGGUAGCUCUGACAAAUGCUGUUCAGUCACCUUCUGAGACUGGGAAGCAAGAAUGCAGUUCCUCCUCCCAUCUUGGCACAAAGAACCAACAGCCUCCUCCUUGUGAGAAUGCAACCCCCAAGCGAUCCAUCAGAGACUGCUUUAAUUAUAAUGAGGACUCUCCCACACAGCCCACAUUGCCAAAAAGAGGGCUUUUCCUCAAAGAAGAAAUUUUAAAGAAUGAUCUAAAAGGCAGUGACGGCAAGAAGAAGAUGGUUGAUCUGAAGCCUGAGAUGAGUAGAAGCACCCCUUCGUUGGUGGACCCUCCUGACAGAUCGAAGCUUUGCCUGGUGUUACAGUCUUCCUACCCCAACAGCCCUUCUGCUGCCAGCCAGUCCUAUGAGUGCUUGUACAAGGUGGGGGUUGGGAAUCUUGAAAACAUAGUCAAAAGUCACAUUAAAGAAAUCUCUUCCAGUCUGGGAAGGCUUAAUGACUGCCACAAAGAGAAACUUCGACUUAAAAAACCACCCAAGACCUCAGAAGAGGUGCCUCCAGGUGGAAUACCAAAACAGGCCACUAGUUCAGGCAAGCAAACUGAAACUAUGAGGAGCUCAGUAGUGCUGAAUGGAAUGCCUUCUUGUACUUCCAAGGCCAUAGAAGGGCCAGAAACAGAUUCUGCGUCCACAUCCUCUGUUGAGCCGUGCAGUCAGAGAAGUCAAAAUGCCAAAUUGUCAGUGCCGUCAGAAAUAUCCAGUUCACCACCUUUUACUCAGAGCAGUGAAUCUUCUGUUGGUUCAGACAAUACUUUGUCUCCAGUAUCCCUUCUUAAAAAACAUGAAAGUAAAAAAGAUUGCUCCUUCUCCCCAAGUCAUGUUACCAGGAAUGGUCAGGUUGUGGAGGCCUGGUAUGGCUCUGAUGAAUAUCUAGCACUACCCUCUCACCUUAAGCAAACAGAAGUGUUAGCUUUGAAGCUGGAAAAGCUAACAAAACUUCUGCCUCAGAAACCCAGAGGAGAAAUCAUUCAGAAUAUUGAUGACUGGGAACUGUCUGAAAUGAAUUCAGAUUCUGAGAUGUACCCAACAUACCAUGUCAAGAAAAAACACACAAGGCUAGGCAGAGUGUCUCCCAGCUCAUCCAGUGACAUAGCCUCUUCCCUCGGGGAAAGCAUUGAAUCUGGGCCACUGAGUGACAUUCUUUCUGAUGAGGAGCUAUGCAUGCCUCUUUCUGGCAUGAAAAAAUUAAUUGAUGAGAAAUCAGAGACAGCUUCAUCCUCUGAGAAAAAUGAGAGCCAUUCCACCACAAAAUCAGCUUUAAUUCAGAAACUAAUGCAAGAUAUUCAACACCAAGACAACUAUGAAGCCAUAUGGGAAAAAAUAGAGGGGUUUGUCAACAAGCUGGAUGAAUUUAUUCAUUGGUUAAAUGAAGCCAUGGAAACCACUGAGAACUGGACUCCCCCUAAAGCAGAGACGGAUGGCCUCAAACUGUACCUGGAGACACACUUGAGUUUCAAGUUGAAUGUAGACAGCCAUUGUGCUCUCAAGGAAGCUGUGGAGGAGGAAGGACACCAACUUCUUGAGCUUAUUGCAUCCCACAAAGCAGAAGGACUGAAGGACAUGCUGCGGAUGAUUGCAAGUCAAUGGAAGGAGUUGCAGAGGCAAAUCAAACGGCAACACAGCUGGAUUCUCAGAGCUCUGGAUACCAUCAAAGCAGAGAUACUGGCUACUGAUGUGUCUGUGGAGGAUGAGGAAGGGACUGGAAGCCCCAAGGCUGAGGUUCAGCUAUGCUACCUGGAAGCACAAAGAGAUGCUGUUGAGCAGAUGUCCCUCAAGCUGUACAGCGAACAGUAUACCAGCAGCAGCAAGAGAAAAGAAGAGUUUGCUGAUAUGUCAAAAGUUCAUUCAGUAGGAAGCAAUGGGCUCCUGGACUUUGAUUCAGAAUAUCAGGAGCUCUGGGAUUGGCUGAUUGACAUGGAGUCCCUCGUGAUGGACAGCCACGACCUGAUGAUGUCAGAGGAGCAGCAGCAGCAUCUUUACAAGCGAUAUAGUGUGGAAAUGUCCAUCAGGCACCUGAAAAAGACGGAGCUACUUAGUAAGGUUGAAGCUUUGAAGAAAGGUGGCGUUUUACUACCAAAUGAUCUCCUUGAAAAAGUGGAUUCAAUUAAUGAAAAAUGGGAACUGCUUGGGAAAACCCUAGGAGAGAAGAUCCAGGACACAAUGGCAGGGCACAGUGGGUCUGGUUCACGUGACCUGCUUUCUCCUGAAAGCGGAAGCCUGGUAAGGCAGCUGGAGGUCAGGAUCAAAGAACUGAAAGGGUGGCUAAGAGAUACAGAGCUUUUCAUCUUCAAUUCCUGCCUGAGACAAGAAAAGGAAGGAACAAUGAAUGCUGAGAAACAACUGCAAUACUUUAAGUCCCUCUGUCGUGAAAUAAAGCAAAGACGUCGAGGAGUGGCCUCCAUUCUUCGAUUAUGCCAGCAUCUACUGGAUGACCGUGAGACCUGCAAUUUGAACGCAGACCACCAGCCCAUGCAGCUGAUCAUUGUAAAUCUUGAAAGAAGAUGGGAAGCCAUUGUUAUGCAAGCCGUCCAGUGGCAAACUCGACUACAAAAGAAGAUGGGAAAGGAAUCUGAGACUUUGAAUGUGAUUGAUCCCGGCUUGAUGGACCUAAACGGAAUGAGUGAAGAUGCUUUGGAAUGGGAUGAAACAGAUAUAAGCAACAAGUUAAUUAGUUUAAAUGAAGAAUCAAAUGACCUUGAUCAAGAACCCCAAUCUGUCAUGCCUUCAUCGAAGCUUGAAGAGACAAGUAGUGAGGACCCUGGUUAUGAGGAGGAGGCAGGAGACCAUGGGGGAUCUCAGUAUGCCUCAAAUAUCACUGCACCCCCCAGCCCACACAUUUACCAAGUAUAUAGCCUCCACAAUGUUGAACUCUAUGAUGACAGCCACAUACCAUUUCUAAAAAACAAUCCAAAGUUUACUGGCAUGACACAGCCUAGUAUUUUAACUAAGAGUCUCAGUAAAGACUCUUCAUUUUCAUCUACCAAAUCUUUGCCAGAUCUUUUAGGUAGUUCCAACUUGAUGAAGCCCUGCCCAUGCCACAGUGGAGACAUGAGCCAGAAUUCUGGCAGUGAGAGUGGAAUCGUCAGUGAAGGAGACACUGAAGUGACUACCAACUCUGAAAUGUACUUGCUCAAUGUGGGAGAUAGGUCCCCAAGUAACCCUGAAACCGAACAUCUGGACACACAAGUGGGAGACGCAGUUAACAUGUUAAAGCAAAAAUUUAAAGAUGAGGAGGAAUGCAAUAAGCUCCCAAAUAGCUCUCACUCAUCCGUUUCACCAGUGAGUUGUGUAAAUGGAAAAGUUGGAGACUUAAACAGUGUUACCAAACAUACCCCUGAUUGUUUGGGAGAAGAAUUACAAGGAAAACAUGAUGUGUUUACAUUUUAUGAUUACUCGUACCUCCAAGGCUCAAAACUCAAAUUACCAAUGAUAAUGAAACAGUCACAAAGUGAAAAGGCACAUGUGGAAGAUCCCCUUCUUCGUGGUUUUUAUUUUGAUAAAAAAUCCUGCAAAUCUAAACAUCAAGCUUCAGAGUUGCAACCAGAUGCACCUCCCCAUGAAAGGAUUUUGGCAAGUACACCCCAUGAAAUGGGUCGCAAUUCAUAUAAAAGUGGCGAUAUAGAGAAGACGUUUACUGGCAUUCAGAAUGCCAAACAGCUCUCCCUUUUAUCUCGUAGUUCAUCUAUUGAGUCCCUUUCUCCAGGGGGUGAUUUAUUUGGAUUGGGCAUCUUUAAAAAUGGUAGUGACAGCCUCCAGAGAAGCACUUCUUUAGAAAGUUGGUUGACAUCCUAUAAAAGCAAUGAAGAUCUUUUUAGCUGUCACAGCUCUGGGGACCUAAGUGUGAGCAGUGGCUCAGUUGGUGAACUAAGUAAAAGGACAUUAGAUCUCCUGAAUCGUUUGGAGAAUAUUCAGAGUCCCUCAGAGCAAAAGAUAAAACGAAGCGUUUCUGAUAUCACUCUCCAGAGCAGUUCCCAAAAGAUGUCCUUUGCUGGCCAGAUGUCAUUAGACAUAGCAUCUUCUAUCAAUGAAGACUCAGCGGCAUCUCUUACAGAACUUAGUAGCAGUGAUGAAGUCUCUCUUUGCUCAGAGGAUAUUGUGUUACACAAGAACAAGAUCCCGGAAUCAAAUGCAUCCUUCAGGAAGCGCCUGAAUCAUUCUGUGGCUGAUGAAAGCGACGUGAAUGUCAGCAUGAUCGUUAAUGUUUCUUGUACCUCUGCUUGCACUGACGAUGAAGAUGACAGUGAUCUCCUCUCCAGCUCUACACUCACCUUGACUGAAGAAGAACUGUGCAUCAAAGAUGAAGAUGACUCCAGUAUUGCCACGGAUGAUGAAAUUUAUGAAGAAUGCAACCUGAUGUCAGGGCUGGAUUAUAUAAAGAAUGAAUUGCAGACCUGGAUUAGGCCAAAAUUUUCCUUGACAAAAGAUAAGAAACGGUGCAAUCUCAGUGAUGAUAUAAAGGGCAGUAAAGAUGUAAGCAGUGGUGAAACAACUAAUCCCUCUGAUACCCUAAACAUUGAGGCCCUUCUAAAUGGCUCCAUAAAAUGUCUCCCUGAAAAUAAUGGAAAUGCUAAGAAUUCAUCUCAUACACAUGAGUUAGGGACAAAGGGUGAAAAUAAGAAAAAUAUUUUCAAAGUUAGUAAAGAUCCGUAUGUGGCUGACAUGGAAAAUGGCAAUAUUGAAAGUACUCCAGAAAGGCAAAAGGAUGAAGUGAAUGGGAUUUCAAAGGAACCAGAGAAUCUUGGUUCAGAUGGGAAAAAGUCUUCAGAAAGUGAGCACUGUAAGUGUAAAGCAUUUGUGGAUGGUUCAGAGGAUUCAGAUAUUGGUAGAAAGGAAUUUGUUCCCCCAAAUGGCAGACACCCUCCAAAGAAAUGUCCAAAUCGCCACCAUUUUGAAAAUCAAGCUGCUGAUUGCAUUCCCCUUGAGAAGUCUUGCCCAGAACUGGCUUCAGAAACCAGAGUUAACAACAGACAAGACUGUGAUGUACUGGAAUCUUCAUCUAAUGAUGCACCAAGUGAGGCUGGAAAAUCUGCUAGUUGUUGCCUAGCACUUGAACAAAAUGAAACAGAGGAAAAUGCCUCUAUCAGCGACAACACUUCCUGUUGCCACUGUGAGCCAGAUGUUUUCCAUCAGAAAGAUGCUGAAGAUUGUUCAGUACAUGACUUUGUUAAGGAAAUCAUUGACAUGGCUUCCACUGCCCUAAAAAGUAAAUCUCAACCUGAAAACGAGGAGGCUGCUCCCACUUCAUUAACUCAAAUCAAGGAGAAGGUGUUAGAACAUUCUCACCGGCCCAUCCAGCUGAGAAAAGGGGACUUUUAUUCCUACUUGUCUCUUUCAUCUCAUGACAGUGAUUGUGGGGAGGUCACCAAUUACGUAGAAGAGAAGAGCAACACUCCAUUGCCACUAGAUGCUAUCGACUCUGGCUUAGAUGACAAAGAGGACAUCGAAUGCUUCUUUGAGGCCUGUGUUGAGGAUGACCCUGAAGGAGAGGAGCCCUAUUUCUCUAGUCCUUCUCCGAAUGAAUCUGCAGUUCCCAGUGAAGCUGCGGUGCCAAUACAAACAACAGCAAGCUGUGCUGAGUUCAGUGAUGUUUCUCCCUCCGUGGCUGAUGCAGACACAGUGGCUUUUUCAAGUCUUCCCCUGCAGAAAGGAGCCAACUCUGGAAAGGAAGUAUGUGAUUUUCCCCAAACAUCCACUGGCUAUGCAGAAAGCUCAGCGAUUAGUCCUUCAAGGCUAGGUGGUGAAAAGGAGAGUUCAGGAAAACCAGGUGAGUCCGGAAUGCCAGAACAUGAUGCUGCUUCAGCCAAAUCUAAAGUUCAAGACCUGUCCUUGAAGGUGAAUAAGCCCAAAGACAAGACUGCAUUGCAUCCCAGCCCCAAGGCCCUAACCUGCAGAGAAAAUCUUCUAAACUUUCAUGAAGAACGACAUACAAAUAUGCAUAGAUAGAAUGUAGUGCCCUCCCCGAGCAUGAAAAUCAUCUCAUAGAAAGAUAGUAUGGCUGCAACUCAGGGCUGGCCUCAUCCUCCCGCCUUGGGCUGAUCUCUGGUUCCAUCAUGUUGUCACUGCCUUUUGUCACAUUGACUUUCCCAAGAUGAAUCUUUCUUCUGAAUGCAGUUUGUCCACAUGAGCCUUGUGAUCUGGAUGUGUGCACUGGUUCUCUUUAGGUGAUCGUCUUUGAAGUUCAGCAAAGCUGCUUGUUCUCCCAUGGAUUCCUGUCCCAAGCUACCUCUACCAACCCUCUCUCUCCAGUGAGACUUUUCUGUUUGCCUCCUUCCCUCUCUAUCCAUUCUUUGAAGUUCUGCAGUUCACCAAAUUGAUGGUCCAUUAAAUUCACCGUCUGGAAUGACAUCCCUGCCAGUACUUGACCAAUUUCAUGUUUCAAUCUGGAUUUUUUUUUUAAUGAUAUGAUGCCUAUGUUUAUUGAAAGAGGUUUACCCAAAACAUCAACAUUUGAUUUGAUUGUAGCAUAGAGAAGAAACAUUGGUCAAAAUUAAGUAAUUUUCAAAAUUAAAUAAUUUUUAAAAGCACCAUUCUAUUUAUUUCAUUUUAAUAAUAAUCUAUGCAGCACUUCAAGACACAGCUAUAACAGUGUUGUAUAUUACAAACUGGUGAUACUCUACUAUUCAAUUAUGUACAACAUUUUUGUUUUUUUAUGCUUCUUGAGGUGGUAAUGAGAAAAAAAAUGUUUUUUAAAAAAGUGUGCCUUGCUGUAUUUCUUAUACCAUUUAUUAAAAAGCUGCUUUCAUGGUAAAAUUAUGUUAGUUUGAAAGGAGGAAAUAGCAAGGUUAAGAUGUGUGAAUAAUUUCUGUAUAUAUGUAUAACCAAGUACAAACAUUGAUGUAUAAUGACAGUAUAAAAUGCUUUCAUGUUUGUGAUGUCUAGUGAUGUGGAAAAUAUAAGCCUUAAAUCCAUUAGAUUGCAUGGUAAUUAAAAUUGGCAUAAUAAAAAUAGUUUAUUGGGGGAAAAGGAAAAUUAGUGAUCUCUUCUACCUGUGUUCUUUACCAAAUUGUUUCAUCUGGUUCUGAAAAAUAUAACAUGUAGCAGCUUCCAAAAUAUCCAGAUUGCAUAGAAGGCAUAAAAUUACUUGAAUUACAGACUAGACAUGAAACCUACACAAUUUUCAAAAUCUUUCUGGCCACUAUAAAGAUCUUGAAACAAAAAAUGAUGAAAGGCCAGUUCCCCUAAACCAAUAAAAAUGUAUACUAAUUUUAUUUCCACAUAUCAUUAAUGGUUUAAUGUUGGAUUUCAGGAUAUCUUGUAUGUCUAAUUUAUUUUAAAUAAUUCUUUCAAGUGGAUUUGAUAGAAAGAUGGCAGAAAAGUAUAGAAAAUUUGACUAUUAUUUUUAUUUAAACUAUAGAUUUCAGGUAUAUUUAUUUUGUGUAAAAGAAAUCAGCAGAGAAGUAUUCCAUUUGGUCUUUACUAAUGCUUGUUAAAUGCAGUUUUUAAUUUAUUUAAUAAUUCCUACUAAAGUGCCUGACACACAGUAGGUAUUCAAUAAAAUUUUCUUAAAUUGGAAUAUCAAAUUAGGAAACAUGGAUGACAUAUCGCUUCAUUUUGAGAGAACUACAUUAAAACAUGUACACAACUAGAAAAAGAUAUAAUGCAAUAUAAAAUCACACAAUAUAUAGUCAAUUUAUAUCAUAUUUCAGAAAGGGAAAAAUGUUAUGGGUUCAUGUAGUCACAGAAAUGACAAUCAUUCAUUUAACACAUAAUCCAUUAAUACCUUUUAUCUGCAAGGCACUAUUCUAGAUUCAGGGAAUGCAUCUAUGAACAAACAGACUAGGCCCUGCCCUGAGGAAGCUUACCUAGGGUAGAGACAAAGUGAACAUCCAGACAACAUUCAGUAGUUGUCCUGGAGGUGAGGAAGAGAGCAAAUAGUGAAAGAGGCACAAGUGAAGUCGUAGCAAUGAGGGACACAGAGGAAGAAACAGGAUAAAGAGAGAGCAGAAAGACAAGAAAAUAGUGGAGCUUUAUUGCAAGGAUAAUAGAAGAAAAGGCCUAAUGGGAGGAUUUAAUGAAGGGUCUUCUAAAAAGUUAAAUCGGAGCUUUUGUAUGAAGUAUGCUAGGAGGUAAGGAAACCUUGUAGAUUCUUUGGAUUUCACCUGAUUUUAUUUAUAAUCAGAACUUUAUUAGCACUGCACCAAGAACACUACUUAUUUGUAAUUCUCCCACUUCAAUAAAUAUUUGUAUUUUAUGUCCACUUUUAAUCUUUUCCAUACAUAAUUCUGAGUGAAUCAUUGUAGGCUUUUGAAUAGGUAGUCAUUUGUUCCAAAGGGGUGUUAGGCAGACAUCUAGUUGCUAUAUUCAAAAGGAUUACAGAGGAAAGAGAUUAGAGAUGAUUGUCUAGUUAGGAGGCAGCUAUAGUAAAUAUGCUAGAUUUGAGACAUGAUAGAGUACACAGGGAUAGUGGCCUGGGAUGUAGAGAAAGAACAAAUCCUAGAGUCUUUGAAAUACCUACGAGUAUUUUGGACCUCUGUUGGAAUAUGGUAUUAUUUUACAUUCUGAGAAAACCUAAAUUUUUCCUGGGUAGUAACUAAUGUCAAGUCUGCAUCUAUUGAUAAAACCUUCAAAGAAUGAAUUGACCAUGAUGUUCUCUUUACAUGCUCAUAAAAGACCUUGAGUUGUUCAAAGUAUUUACUGAUCAUCUGUUUAGUAUUAACACCAAAUUUUUAGAUUGACUUUUAGGCUUAUUGAACAAUGCCUUUUCUGGUUGGAAGAGAUGGAAGAGCCUCAAUUUUACAUCUUGCAUAGAUGCUGUCUCCCCAGUUACCCUUAAAAACAGCCACACAAAUUCUGCCUGUAUAUCUUCCAGGGACAGUGGUUUGUUAUCUGUUAAGGCAAACUGUUUUAGGGAUGGGUAUGUCUCUUUGUUAGAAUGUUCUUUCUUUGGUUGCUAAAGUGUGUACAUUCCCCCCUGCCCUGUCUUUAAUUUUGCUUACUGGUCCUGGGGCAACUUAGAGUAUCUGCUCCCUAUUUCUCAUGGCAACCCUGACCAUAAUUGAGGCCAGUUACUCAUUCUCUCCCAACCACUAUUCCUCCAACUGCCCUUCAUAUGUCAUGAUUUUCAGAUUUAUUUCAACCUGACUGAAUGUUAACAGAAUCCUUGAAAUCAAGGAACUGUCUUCAUCAUCAUACAUGUAGAAAACUAUCUGAACAUUUAAGUGCUAAGUUUUCUCUAAAAAUAUAUUCAAGAUAUAUGUUUAUUCUAUUAUUGUAAAUUUCAAUAAAUAAACAAAUAAAUAAGUGAAUAAAUAAGAAUUUCCUUCA